ACAUAUUUAGUUGGAGGAAAGUUGUGGAAAAUAAGGGGAAAAAAAAGUGAGACACGUGCGAGAAAGGGUUUUUAGCGGAUCUAUCUAUAUCUUUAUUUUGCUCGCGCUUGUUUGCUGCGGCGGCGGCAUCGGCAUCGGCUGUAAAGCUAUACCUAACUUCCACUUCCUCCAUAAUCGUUUCAUUCAACUCACUUCACAUGGAUCUCAGCGACGAAAAAAGUGUUGCGACGAAAAUGAACGUUUCUUGUUCUAAAACCAACCAAAAAGACGAUGCAACAGAUUGUAAUUGUAUAGUUCCUGUAACUCCCAACACUGUCAAAGAAACUUCAGAUUCGGAAUUUCAGUCACCUCUAACAUUGACGGUUGUUAGGAAACAACUUAACCGGGCCCACAUUCAUUCCCAACUUGACAAUUCUACCCCUCCAACACCUAACGCUAUCCUCGUCGACUCAUUUGCUUUCACUACUGAAGAAAUGGCGGCGCGUGCAUCUCAAUCUACCAAGUACCUCUGUGAAAUCAGAAACACCGUUUCCCGUCAACUUCAUUUCCGUUCCUCCGUUCACCCCUACGAAUCUAUUUCUGAUCAAGAAAUCAUCGAAUCUUUACAUGAAAACCUUUUGCAGUUCAUUCUUUCAAAGCAAAUUGAAGAGUUUCUUCCUUCAAUCUCAAAAGAUUCUGAUGAUGAAUGUAAAUCGCCUCCUUCACGGAUUUGUUUCAAUGGAAUUAGUGAUAUUACUCCCGGUGCACCUCGUAAAGUCAAACGCUUGGGUCAACAAAGGAUCGUCAAAUUAGGGUUAUCUCAUGUUCAAGCAAAACAAAUGGAUUUUAAUGAUGGGAUCCCCCACUUGACAGAUGGUCUGCUAUUGUAAAUUUUCCAUGAGAGGUUUCAACUUUAAAAUUGUGAUGAUUGGAGUGUUCCUAUGAAUGGUUUUUAUUGUAAUAUUGGCAUUUCUGUUCUUGUAUGGAGGAUUAGUUACGAUGAAAUGGAUUCUGUGCAUUUUUGGAUGGUGGUGAAAUUGACAAAAUCACGGCGAGUCUAUAUGAUUUUUGCAAAAGUUGCAUUUUGUAGCUUCUAAAAAAUCACGGAGCCAUGUGCUCUUGCCAAAUUCACAGGCCAUCCAAACAUAUGCAUAGAGACUUCAUAUUCAAUUUGAUGGCGAGCCUUCCCAUUUGUGCUCAUUUUUGGUUUGGGAUAUUCAGCAUCUUUUACAGAGUGAUUGAGCUUUUGUGGAGGUACAUUUAUGUAGUGGUAGUGAAUAUAUUGUUGAUCAUGUUGCUUAUCUAUUCUUGGUCAUUCCAAUUCUUUGGGCUGUGUGUUUCUAGACAACUCUCCAGAGUCACUAGUUCUGCUUGCUUCUUUGGAAGAAAAAUGUUUGUCAAGAUAUUUAUAAAUUAAUAAAUUGUAGAACAAGUAUUAUAUUAUAACUGAAAAAAGGAGUGGAGUGCUUCAA